AUGCUAUCUGCAGGUACCAGCUACAUUCAGCACGCCAACAGGGGUGCCAAGUACCAGACAGACGCCGCUUCCCUGCUGAGCACUGUCCCAGUUACCUUGGGCCUUAAGGUGAUGAAUUACCUCCGAUACUUGUCAGCAUUCACGUCACUAACUGCCAUAUACCCGCAGCCUGAUCCAAACGUUAUUGAAGCUGAUGCAAAGAAUCUCAUUGACUUCGUCGCUCUGAUUCGUGGUUGGGAGCCACUAGUUGACGAUGUUUGCUAUGUAUGGGUUUCUACAGACCAUGAUGAAAUUGAGAAGGUUGCAAAGCAGUUUGGCGCUCAAGUUCAUCGCAGAAGCCCCGAAGUAUCUCAAGACUCCUCAACUUCUCUAGAAGCUAUCAGAGAAUUUCUUAAUCAUCAUCAUGAGGUUGAUAUUGUAGGAAAUAUACAAGCAACAUCUCCCUGUUUACAUCCCAGUGAUCUUAUAAAAGUGGCAGAUCUGAUCCAGAAGGAGGGGUUUGAUUCUGUCUUCUCUGUUGUGAGACGGCAUCAAUUUAGAUGGAGCGAGGUAAAAAAAGGAGAAAACAAAACGACAGAGCCCCAAAACCUGAAUCCAGCAAAACGGUACCGGAGGCAAGAUUGGCCUGGGGAGCUGUAUGAAAAUGGCUCAUUUUAUUUUGCCAAGAGACAUUUGAUUGAGAAAGGCUACUUGCAGGGUGGUAAAAUGGCCUACUAUGAAAUGCGUGCAGAGCACAGUGUGGAUAUUGAUAUAGACAUUGAUUGGCCUAUUGCAGAGCAGAGAGUACUGAGCUUUGGAUAUUUUGGCAAAGAGCCAUUAAAAGAGGUGAAGCUAUUGGUUUGCAGUAUUGAUGGAUGCCUGACAAAUGGUCGCAUUUAUGUGACAGAAGAUCAGAAGGAAAUGGUCUCCUACGAUUAUAGAGAUACUGUUGGUAUCGAUCUAUUAAAGAAAAGAGGAAUCCAGGUUCGACUCAUCUCUGAAAGAGAUUGUUCAAAAACACUGUCAGCCAUGCAGCUGGGAUGUGUAGCAAAAGUUAGUGCAACAAAUAAAUUACAAGUUCUGGAGGACUGGCAAAAAGACAUGGGUUUGAGCUGGAAAGAAGUCGCUUAUUUAGGAAAUGAAGAGUCUGAUGUGGAAUGCCUGAAGAAAGCUGGCAUGAGUGGUGUGCCUGCUGAUGCUUGUGCAGUUGCUCAGAAGGCUGCUGGUUAUAUUUGUAAAAGCAAUGGUGGCUGUGGAGCUGGCAGGGAGCUUGCAGAACACAUAUUCCUGUUACUAGAAAAAGUGAACGCUGCAAGAAAGCAAAUGGGAGAAAAACAGGAGAGGAAAUAAGGAACUAAUGAAAAAAGAGUAACACAGUUGGUCAAUCCCGCUUUUCUUCUCCUCUUCCUCUCUCAGUAAGUCUGUAUCCCAAAGGGUGGCUUAUCUUUCAAGUUUUACAUUGCAGUAGAGUUAAAAAGAUGUUUCCCUCUUUAAUUAGAGGUCACACUUAAGUGCUGAUAUUCAUGAUUGUAUGCUGAUAAUCAUGAUCAUAUUCAUGAUCGUUUUAUAAGCCAUUUAAGUGCAAUGGAAGGAAUGCUACAAAAGGUAGUGUCCUGUAAAUCUACUCUUAAUCAUUACACCUGUCCUACAGGAAUGAUGCGUCUUUAUUUCAUAAUCCGAAUAUUUUCGGGGAUCAGUGAUUUUUGCAUUACUUGAGGAUUUGUAAUUCAGACUUUCAAAAAAAAAAACAACUUUCUGUCAGUUUUACUCAUUUUAUUUACACUUCCUCUAUCAAAUGUCAGUAUGAUGUUGUAGUUGUGUGCUUGCUUUUUACAGGAUUUGUCCCUAGUAAGGAAGAGUUUUAGCAUAUGCUGGAGAGGUCAGGUGUAAAAUAACUAUCAAACUUCUUCCUACGUUUUCAAGACAUCUCAGUUACUAUAAAACCAGUUAAUAUUAGUUAAGAAAAGCACUUAAGCAUGUGUUCAAUUUUAAGCUCAUAAAUAAUUAAAUGGCAUUUGGAAUUGUGCCUCUUAUCUUUGAAUCUGUUUAUAUUGGGGUUUAUUGAAGUGCUUAAAUUAACAUACCCAAAUGCUUUGCCAAAUUUGGAGUUAAAUUUCCCAUUAACUUUGAGAUCUUUCCUUUGCAAAAAUUUGGUUUCUUUCUGUGAAGGCUUUAUUACAACCACUAAUGAUUAAAAAUAAAAUAAAAAAAUCUUUAUUGUAUGGAAAAGUAACUGCUGUUUAAAAAAACCCAAAACAUAGUUGUUGAUUGUGAGUUUAUAUAAAAUAUAUAUUUAGAUGAUUUUUAGCAUGUUAAUUUAAAGCUGGUGUAUAUGUAUGUUUGUAUUUAUGUACAAUACAAUUUUUACUGUGUCUUUAUUUAAAGAACUCAGCUACCUGUAAAAAGUUGUAGAACUGACACUAAAAAUAUGCAUCAGUUUUCAAUCCUGCUAUUUAUCAGUGAAUCAGGUUCUGCCUUGGGUUAUGCUAAAAAAUAAAGAAUACCCGUGGUACACAGGCAAUUACUACUGAGGUGAAUAAUAACGGCUUGUCAUUUUAUUUUGUUUCUCUGCUAAAUAGACCACUCCCAAUAUAAUAUCACCUGAUAUAUUGCCCUCUGUUGAUUAACUUUGUGUUUUACUUCCUUUUACAAAGCAAAAUUUUAAACUGAAAUUCUUUUACCACCUAUCUACAGUAGCAAGGUUAACAGGUGAAUAGUUUACUGUACUAAUCGGCUCUAAGUUACCAUUUAAGUAUUUCCUUUCAAUGAGAUUUUAGGGUUCUGUGCUGGAUAAAUCCCAUAGACUUUGAUAACAGGAGAGCCACAUUUUGGACAGAACUAUGGACUUUGGUACAGGUAGAUGAAUUAUUUUAGUUUUAUAGACUAUGUGGUAAAGCUUCAGAAGUCCGGAUUGGAUGAACAAUUCAGGUUUGAUAAUGUCAUAUAGAAUUGGCCAAGUUUUCAGUUACUUCACUUUGUCAUCGUCAAGUAACUUGCCGAUUUUGAUUUCAAGAACAGUUUCCUGUGAAUAGAUAGCUUUAAACAAGGUGACUCUGAUGAACUUAGUUCCCAUUCCUUUUACGUUAGAGAACGUAAAAAUAUGAGUAAAUGCAAUUACAAUAGAAAUAUGAGUUGGCAGUACUGUUUGUAGUUUACUGUUUGAAUCAAGAACUCUUCUAAUGUUUCAGCUGCUUGCUGAAUGUGCCGCAUAUGCAUUGGGGGUCUGAUACAUGUACAAAUUUGGGGUAAAAAUAAAUGCAGAAACACUUUUGGAUGAGUGUUGGUAAUGGGCAGAAAGAAAUGGUAGCUGAUAUAUGUGUUUUCACUGUGACAAAUUCUCAUUCAGAAAAAGGUGGUAUAAUCUUACAUUGGACAUAUAGGAAGAAUAUGAAGAAUAAAAGAGCUCUAGAGAUUAUUUACAAAACAAAGCCGGUUCGAGGAUAUGGGAGAUGCACAAUCUGCUGCCUGAAAGGUUCAGAUUUAUAUUGGUCACCCUCAAGGGAAAGCCUAACUAUAAACUAGAGUAGCAUGAGGGAUGUCUUAACUACUCUUGAUUUUUACAGAAGAUCCUCAAUCAUAUGAAGGAUUUAGGGGUCACAGAGGGGCAGAGAUAGUGAGAAUAACUUUAACAGUCACCUUAAAGGGGAAAUCCCGGGUUCUGGGCAGGCUUCAAAAGUGUAGUAUCUUUUGCCAAUGACUGUUGUUUCAGUAUGGAUCCUGGCACCGUGAUUGCCUUUUAUUAGAGGUGUGUAGUUCACUCAGACUAGAUUUCAGUGGUCUUUUUUGUUAUAGUGGGCUAAUUUUGGAAAAAUCUCUUUUGGUCAUGUGAGCGCUUGUUUUUUUACUUUAAAUUGCCUAGUAUAUUAA